CGUUAGGGGGAGAGGACGAGCGCAAGGGGGGAGCCAGGGCGCGCGGACGGCGCAAGAAGGCGGGUGUGCGGUUGGUGGGUGCGGGUCGCGUUGACGCUGGCUCGCCAGGCCGUGCGUGUGAGCGUGCGAGGGAUGAGCGGCGCCUAAUCAGGCCUGCUGAUGCGGCGAGCGAGCGCGUGCGUGUGCGCUUGGGCGAGACGACUGCGAGAUGAAUGUGUGCGUGCGCAGGAGAAAAACGAAGGGUGAAGGGGUGGAGAGACAGGCAGCACGGCUUGGUACCGUACCGUAUGGUACCAGCGUCUCCGACCAGCCUCAUCCGCCCAACCUCACGAGGACGCAAACAUCGAGGCUCCACCACGCGCCUGCUCGCUGCCUCGCCUUAUCCUAUCCUAUCCUAUCCUAUCCCACCUAUGCCCGCCCCGCUCCGAUCUCUUUCCCCUUCUUACCCCUCUACACCAGCACCUACCCCGCUCGACGCCGGAAUGCCAGAGAAGAAGAAAUCACCACCAUACCAGAAAGACCGACAACCCGAACAGCAGAACUGGGAAUUAGAAGACACUUAGAAGCAAGAAGAAGAAGAGCGAUCACGACAGCGACGGCGACAACGGGGCGUUUUUGCAAUUGGUUUGAGCGGGUCUUCCUUCGUGUUUGUUGUUUGUUGUUUUAUCUAGAUAGAAGAAGAAGAAGAAGAAGAAGAGGGAGGAGGAGGAGACUGAAUGGAGGAAGGGGAGGCGUGUAUGUGUAUUGUAUUUAUAGGAUUAGGUGCUGUUGUGGUAGAGUAGGGAUAGGUAGGAGUAGGCUCGUCGGAUAUUAAAUGAGUAUUAGACGUUAACUGUGGUACUGGUUGUGGGAUUGGGUGGUGUGGAUGCCGCUGCUUGCUGCCUGUUUAGCUGUG